AUGGCGGACCCUAAGUACACCGACCUUCCCGCCAUUGCCAGGAACGAGCCAGAUGUUUAUGAAACCAGCGACCUGCCUGAGGAUGAUCAAGCAGAGUUUAAUGCGGAGGAGCUGACGAGUACCAGUGUGGAGCACAUCAUUGUCAAUCCCAAUGCUGCCUAUGACAAGUUCAAAGACAAGAGAGUGGGCACAAAGGGACUUGAUUUCUCAGAUCGAAUUGGAAAAACCAAAAGAACGGGAUAUGAAUCUGGAGAAUAUGAGAUGCUUGGAGAGGGUCUGGGAGUGAAGAAGACACCCCAGCAAAAGUACCAGAGACUGUUGCAUGAGGUCCAAGAGCUCACAGCUGAAGUUGAAAAAAUCAAGACAACAGUGAAGGAAUCAACCACUGAGGAGAAGCUAAUCCCCGUGGUGCUGGCUAAACAGCUGGCUGCCCUGAAGCAGCAGCUGGUUGCUUCCCAUCUGGAGAAGCUGCUGGGACCAGAUGCCGCAAUCAACCUUACUGACCCCGAUGGAGCUCUGGCUAAGCGCCUACUGCUGCAGCUGGAAGCAACAAAGGACAGCAAAGGGACUGGUUCAGGGGGCAGGACCAGCAGGGGGAGCGCCCCAGAUAGCAGCCUGGUCACUUACGAGCUGCAUUCUCGGCCUGAGCAGGACAAGUUCUCUCAAGCUGCCAAAGUGGCAGAACUCGAGAAGCGCCUGACGGAGCUGGAAGCCACUGUGCGCUGUGCUCAGGAUGCUCAGAAUCCCCUUUCAGCAGGUCUGCAGCGAGCCUGCCUCACGGAUACUGUAGAGCUGCUGCAGGCGAAGGUGGGCGCGCUGGACCUCGCGGUUUUGGACCAGGUGGAGGCUCGGUUACAGAGCGUGCUGGGAAAAGUGAAUGAAAUUCCCAAGCAUAAAGCUUCUGUAGAGGAUGCAGAUACACAAAGCAAGGUGCACCAGCUAUAUGAGACCAUGCAGCGCUGGAGCCCCAUCGCCACCUCCCUUCCUGAGCUGGUGCAGAGACUCGUCACCAUCAAGCAGCUGCGUGAGGAAGCCGUGCAGUUUGGCCAGCUUCUGACACACUUGGACACCAGGCGGCAGAUGAUCGCGUGUUCCCUCAAGGACAGCGCCGCCCUCCUGACUCAGGUGCAGAAGACGAUGCGUGAGAACCUGUCCACAAUUGAGGGGAACUUUGCCAGCACUGACGAACGGAUGAAGAAACUGGGAAAGUGA